CCCACCUUAAAAUCGGGUGAUAACCUGAGAAGAUGUGCCUUUCCCUAAACUCUGAUACUUGAGAACCCUUCUCUCUCUGUCAUUCUGACAAGAACACAAAGACAAGAUGUCCAAACCAGGCGGAUUCAGCAGCCAGUCCGACACUCCCUCCGGUAACAAGCCCAAAAGCUACCCGAACGUCGCCACUAACAAGGACCUUCUAGAGCCCAACAACCCGAAGGUGGACCCGAAGGACCAGUCAGCCAAGAGCCAGGAGAAGGACCAAAUGGUUGGACUCAACGACAAGUUUAUAGCGUUCAUUGACAAGGUACAAAACCUGGAGCAGCAGAACAAGGUCCUGGACACGCGUCUGAAGAUCCUGAAGGAGCACGAGGACUACAAAGGCAACGUGGACGCUGUGGUCCAACAGCAGGCCAACGAGUUGCAGCGGCAGAUCGAGAAGCUGGCCCGGGACAAACAGAAACUGAAGCAGGAGCUGGCCCACUGCCAGGACGAAGUGGACCAGACACGCAACAAGUACCAGGAUGAGAUCCAGAAGAAGUCAGAUCUGGAGAAUGACUUUGUGAUCAACAAGAAGGAUGUGGAUGAGGGCCACCUGGCAGCCGUGGAUCUGGCUCUGGAACUGGAGGACCUGAUGGGAGAACUGGACUUCCUGAGGCGGGGCUAUGAUGAGGAGCUGAAGGAGCUGGAGUCUCAUAUCCAGAAUGAGACGGUGGUCGUGAAGGAGAGCAACAAGAGAUCUCUAGACAUGGACGAGAUCAUCGACAGCGUCAAGAAACAGUACGCGGACAUGGCCUCCCGUGCCAGAGCGGAGGUAGAGCUGUGGAACCAGAAAAAGAUGGAUGACAUAGUGCUGACAGCAGGACAGUAUGAGCAGGAUGUACGUGAUGUGAAGAAGGAGAUUGCUGACAUGCUCCGUCUAACACAGAGACUGAAGGCAGAGCUGGAGACCCUCAAGAAGCAGAAAAUAGUUCUUGAGAAGGACAUUGAGGAUGUGGAGGUGGACGGGCAGAAUGCGUUGGAGCAGGCCAAGGAUAACAUUGUUGCGCUGGAAGAUGCUCUCCGCAGGGCCAAGCAGGACAUGGCCCGUCAGGUCAGGGAGUACCAGGAACUGAUGAACCUCAAACUGGCCCUGGACAUCGAGAUCGCCACCUACAGGAAGCUACUGGAGGGAGAGGAGAUGAGAAUGAAUGACCAUAUACGUCAGCAAGAUUACUAAAACAAACCAACCAAUCCCAGUCCUUGCUUGCACGCAGACAUUGAUUUGCCGUCGAAGCCCCUCCUGACUCUGAAGUCCCUCCCAUUAGAUGCCGUUGCCCCCCAACCAGCCCCAGGAAGCCCCUCCUGACUCUGAAGCCCCUCAUUAGAUGCCGUUGCCCCCCAACCAGCCCCAGGAAGCCCCUCCUGACUCUGAAGCCCCUCAUUAGAUGCCGUUGCCCCCCAACCAGCCCCAGGAAGCCCCUCCUGACUCUGAAGCCCCUCAUUAGAUGCCGUUGCCCCCCCAACCAGCCCCAGGAAGCGUCUGCUGAUCAGAAUUGAGGUGGAGGCGGGCAGGGUCAUGUCCAAGAGCUUACACUACUCCGACAAUUAACCAAGCCCACCGUCACUCUGCUGUCGCUAUAGUAACACUGUGUUGUACCUCUUUCUCUCUCUUUUCCAUCUGAAAACAUUGCGGAGUCUUUUGUUUUAUGUUAAGGUCAUUGUUUAAUAAGCGAAGGUGUUAAACUUUGUUUUCACCUGCAGUUUGGAAGACCAUGUGUGACAGGAGCUCUUACAAAAUGUGUCCUGUGCUCUUUUUCAUUACGUUUGUGGUGGGAGAAUUUAUCCGUGUUCUCGUGUGACUGGGAAGACCAUGUCCUCCAAAGCUUGAAUGUCACUGAACCAGGUCCAAAAUAAAAAGAGAAAGUAUUAAGGUA